AUGUCACAAGAACGUACCACCGUCGAUAUAGUUAAAAAAGUCCUCACAGAGAUCAUUACAAACACUUCAUUUCUGUUCGAACUGUUCUGUCAAGCCCCAAGUAACAAUCUUUGUGGGAAACACUAUAAUGCAGCUCUCCCCCUCCCUCUUAGAAAAAUUUUGUUAAAUCAAAUGAAUGCUACCCUCGAUAGAUUAGACAACGAUAGCUUCUUACCCGUCGCUUCAGCCUUUUUGAUCGAUGAUAAACUAUGCUUCGAUAAGUACCCCGCUGUGCUCUCUGAGUUGUGUCUCAGCUCUUUCUCUGAGCUUCCACAAGACAUAUUAACAGACUGUUCAAAUGCGGCGUCAGAGAUUUUAAUGGACUUCUCAUUGUUAGUAGAAAUACUCGACAACGACAUCCAGAAGUUUUACACAACACUCCACUCGUGUCUACUGUGCGCUUCUUUCACAAGAAAGUCGACAAAUCGCCUUUCGAAAUUUGAGAGUGAAAUGCAUUCGAAUCAGUCACUCUUCAAUUCCGUCUCUUUUGUUGAUGUCUUAUUGCGAGAAAUGCGGAAGUACACUAAAGAGUUCUUCUGUGUUGCAAACAGCCUUAAAACAAAGUGUUUUGACAAGAAGAAAGGGUUACUCCGCCGACAUGGAAGUUUAUUGUUAUACCUUCAUGAUAUCUAUGAUGAGAAGAUGAUGGUCCAUGUAGUCUUAGUUUUAUAUGAAAGAGGGUUACAGCUUUAUGUUUUACCAGUACCAAACGUGAUAACCACGGAGUUAUGGAUAAGUCGAGAGAACUUACGCUUUGGCAAUAUUAUAGGUGAAGACGGAGAAGAAUGGAAAAGUGGGUGGUAUAUUCUUCCAAUCAAAGAUAUGUCGACUACUAAAGAGUAUUUGUUAUGCUCUGAUGAUUCAUCAUUAAUAUUACUUUGGAGGGACGAGUUACUUUUGAACUCACUGUUCUAUGAGAGACAGUAUUUUGGAAAAGGUACGCCAGAGUUGUUUAAUGAAGUUCCUUUUGUCAUACACAAUGUCAUUAAAGAAUUACUUUUCCGUGGAAGUGAGACACUUAAAAACUUCGAAAAGGUGAAGGGAAAGCAAAGUGUCAAGAGAGCCGUUCAAUUAAAUAGUCAUGUUGAUAUGGCGACAUUUCCCAUUGAAGAUGUUGUGUUGUACUUCAUAACAUAUUUAAAAAACAUGAAACCAAAACUUUUUAAAAAGGAAGAUAUAGAAGAGAUAUUAAAAAUAAAUCCACAUUCAAAUACACUUCAAGAGUCCGGACUCUUCCAGUUUUUAUCAACAUAUGAAUAUAAGAACUCUCUCAUACUUAAGUCACUCUUAUUCCUCUUGGAAAGCCUUCUUUUAAAUUAUAAAAGCUUUUCAAUGAGUGAUGCUAUCAAGGUGUUAAGUUAUGGAAUGGACUCAUACUUCAAAAAGAAGAUGAAUGAAAUGCAUGAGUUACUGACGUACACUAUAGUUAACAUAUCUGCGUCAUUGCCAUUCACUUCAAGUAUAUUUACUCCUAUUAUCAUAUCUAAUGUGACACUACUUGAUGAGUCACCAAUGAGACUGUAUACAACAAGUAAUCAAAAUAUCAUCGCAAUGACGCCAGAGACUAUGCACAUCAUUGGGUUGAAUAAAGUGACGGUGCAACUUCCCCAUAAAUACGUGUGUUCUUGCAGUUCAAAAAGUGCAGUAUACAUUGCGUCCAAUUCAAAAGUGAGUAAAUGGGUCAACAACACAUUUGAAACAGUCGAACAAAAGGGUAUUCGCGCAAUGUGUGUGGUAAAUGAAGUGCUUAUGUUUGUGAAGCCGAAGUCGGUUGAAUUUGUUGAUGCGCAAAAGUACACAUUGAUUCAAAGCCAUCAAAUAGAUGUCGAAUUGGUUAAAGUGUCUUCCACAUCUACAGAUUUCAUUGUUUGUGUAAAUAACACAACAAUACUCGUCUUCGAUGAACAUGGAAAUAAAAGCACUAUUCGCACCUUUUAUAGUGAAAAGGAUGUCAGUGCUUUGGAAUGUGCAAAUGAAAAGAUUUUACUUGGGCACUCGGAUGGAAGUAUAUCUAUCAUGUCUACUUCAUUGAAAGAAAAUGGUAUCAUCACUGCACUUGAAGGUGCAAUUUUAAGUAUUGUUAGUGGUGAUGGUACUAUUUUUGCACUGUCUUCUAAUAACACGGUUAUAAUCACAGACUUUAUCAGUAUGAAAGUCGUUGCUAUCUUUAAACCAAUUUCACAAACAAAUGGAAUGAUGUACUAUAACAACCACUUGUACAUUGCUACUAUAAAUGGAAUCAUUCAAUAUGUCAGUAACAGGCCAAAACCAAGUGCUCAACAGAACAUCACUCCUUUCUAUCAAGAUGUACCUUUGUGUAUAUCAAAGCCAGUCCAUUCAUAUAUCCCAAACAUCUUUGGAGUAAAAGGUUGUUGCAGUUGUUGUAAUAAACCAGUUAUAAACAAUGGAGUCUUAUGCAGAUUUUGUCUUGCUCUAUUUCAUCAUUCAUGUGUCACUGAAUCAAAUCAAGACUGUUCCUAUGUUUAA